AUGGAGCAAGAGCUCCUCCCCCUCCUGGCUGAUACUCAGUCAUCGGUCGCCGAUACCAGAAGAGCCGCCGAACUUCAUUUGCUACGUCUCUAUCCCAACGAGUCUUUUCCUCUCUCCCUUACUGCUAUUGCCUCCUAUGACUCCGUCCCCAUCCAUCUGCGCCAGUCCGCCCUCUCCGUCCUGCGCACUUUCAUUGUCUCCGCCUGGUCCCCACAUCUCGACGAGUUCCGCGGCCAAGUCCUGAUCAAUGACGCCAAUAAGACCCAGAUCCGCCGCAUCUUGCUUGAGCUCUGCACGACCGCGGAUAUCCCCGAACGCAAGGUCAAGUCAUCCGCCAGCUACGCGGUCAGUAAGAUCGCUAGCGCCGAUUUCCCCGAUCAGUGGCCGGAGCUUCUCCCGUCCCUGCUCCAGAUUCUCAAUGACCCCGCCAGCUCCGCCGGCGCAGUGCACGGUGCCUUAAAAGUCCUGCACGAUCUAGUUGAUACUGGAUUCAAUGAGGAGCAGUUCUUCAAUGUCGCCCGCGACCUUGUCUCGACUUUGUUCCAUGUCGCGACCAGUGAGUCCCGAAAGCCCAUUCUGCGGGCUCUGGCCGUCUCCGUCUUCCGCUCAUGCUUUGAUACCCUGGAGAUGGUCUUGGAGCAACACAAGGCCGCUGUGAAGGAGUUUAUGGAUGAAGUGCUGGGGGGGUGGUCUCCAUUUUUCACUUCGACCCUCAAAACUUCCUUGCCACAAGCGCCUACGGAGCAAGAAGAGCCCAAGGAAACCGUAGCUGCUUCAGAAUGGCGGGGUGCUAUUGCCUUGAAGCUACAGGUGGUCAAGACAUUGAUGAAAAUCCGAAUGGUCUUCCCCGGCCUUCUAACCACACAGAGCCCCAUCUACUUCACCACCAUCUGGACCGAACUUUCCAACAUUCAAAAUACCUAUUCCGAAUUCUACAUUCUUGAUGAAAGGCAAGGCCGUUUGGAGGACGUGGACGGAUUGCCUUACACUUUGGACUUCUUGGUUCUGGAGGAACUGGAUUUGCUGCAGGCUCUCUUGAAAGCCCCUCCGGUCAAGGCGGAACUUCAGCAGCAAUUGCAGAACGCUGGCCAAGCGGCAACUACCAGCACAUGGCUGCCAGAGAUUCUGAAGCUGGCUGGAUCAUAUGCUCAGAUCACGUCUGAGGAAGAGGGGCUUUGGGAUAUUGAUGUGAACCUCUUCCUUUCCGAGGAGACGUCGGUCACUGCCAACUACACGCCGCGUACCUGCAGCGGAGACUUGGUAAUUAAAUUGGGCGAGUGGCUGAAGAACACUUCAGUCGAAGGUCUUCUUGCCUACAUUAAUGUCCUCUUUGCUGAUAACUCCUCCACAUGGAAAUCUCGCGAGGCAGCUUUGUUUAUUGCCAAUCAACUACUUCGGGACUUCAGCGAAGUCGAUCACCAAAUCGCACCCGAGCUGGCUAAUGGUUUUAACAACUUUGUUCAAUUCUCGCUUCAGCAAGAACAGGAUUUUCUUCGAGCCCGGGGUUACAUCGUAGCUGGUAUCCUGGCCCGCGUUGCAGGUGAAGGGUUCCACCCUUCUGCUGCCUCGUACCUCGAAGCUACCUUGAAGGCCAUCGUGGAUGAUCCUUCAGAAGUGGUCAAGGUUGCCUGUCUACGGACCUUACAGGAUCUAGUGUCGGCCUUGCCGUCCAAUGUGAGCGUGCCUUUCCAAAUUCCCAUUAUUACUGCCGUAUCUGAGUUUGUCUCCGCGCAUGACUUGCGUGAGCUUACGGACAGUGACGAUCUCAAGGUCACGCUGGCCGAGACGCUCCGUGAUACCAUCAUGGUCAACACGAGCGUCGUUCUGUCGUCGAGCGCCAUUGACGUGCUUUUCAACGUGGCCAGCAAUGGAGCCACUAAUUUCCAACUGACCAUGACUGUCACGGAAGCGUUCGAGGACAUUGUCGACGAUAUUUCCGAGCAGGGUCCCGAAAUAUUUGUUCACCUCUGCGAAAAGGUGCUGCCUUCCAUUACGGGCGCCAUUGAUGUGGGUAAUCUGACCCAGGAAAAUGCUCUGACGAAUUUUGCGACCGAUCUUUUGCGUGCGUUGUCGGAGCGAGCCUUGGAGCCUCUACCUACGGGAUUCGUUGAGACCGUUAUGCCCAAGCUCACGCGGCUGUUACUAGACUCCGCCGACGGCGAACUGAUCCGGCCGGCUACUGAGGCGGUUCGUCAUAUCAUGGCACACGACUUUAACCAGUUUGUGGUUUGGCGUGACCCGCAAUCCGGAAAGGAAGCCGUUGAGGUGGCGUUGGUGAUCAUCGAUCGGUUGCUAGGCCCUUCGGUGGAUGACAACGCGGCCACAGAAGUCGGCCAACUGGCGGCCGAGCUGGUGGAGCGCGCGGGAUCCGAGCGACUGGGACCGUACCUUCCACAGCUUCUUCGGGCCGUCGCACAGCGACUGGCGACCGCCGAACAAGCCCAGUUCAUUCAAAGCCUGAUUCUUGUCUUUGCUCGACUUACGCUCAUCAGUGCCCGCGAGGUGGUGGAUUUCCUGGCGCAGGUUGACAUUGGCGGACAGAGUGGACUCCCCGUGGUCAUCUGUAAAUGGCUGGAGAAUUCGGUCAACUUUGCUGGCUACGAUGAGAUCAAGCAGAACAUCAUUGCCCUGGCACAGUUGUACAACCUGGAAGACUCACGGUUAUCGCAGGUGCAGGUCAAGGGCGACCUCAUCAUCCAGGACACUGGUCGCAUCAAGACACGGUCGCAAGCACGUAAGAAUCCAGACACUUAUACGACGGUGGCAGCACCGUUGAAGAUCGUCAAGGUGCUGGUGGAGGAGCUGGCUGCUGCAUCAGGCAACAAAGAAAUCGAUGCUGCCACCGCCGCCGCCCUGGAAGAAGAAGACAGUGACGAAGAUGACGAAUGGGAGGACAUGCCCAGCAACGUUCUUGAUCUCGGAUUGGGCGUCACCAAGCAAGAGCUCAUGUCGUUUGGUCAAGGCGGUACCGAGGGGGUGUUUGGCGUGCGCAAGCGGGACGAUGAAACCCAGGGCUUUCUAGGGGAAUUCUUCCGACAAGCGUCGACCAAGGCGGGAUUCCAGGAGCUCUUUGCGGCCUUGACCCCAGACGAGCAGGAGAAGCUUCGGAGUUUGGGUUGA